CCCCUUUUCUCUCCCUCAGAAAAUCUGAACCCAAAAAACCCUAGAGAUUUUCAGAGCAAAAAAAAAAAAAAAAAAAAAGCUUGAAGUUUGAAGUUUGAGUUCUGUAAAAAUGGUGAAGGUUUCCGAAUCGGCAUCGAAAGAGGAGGAGGUUGAACUGGAUUUGGGGCUGUCGAUCGGCGGCAGCUUCCGAAAAACGGAGAACUCGAAGCUGGCCAAGGGGUUCGACGUAGAUCCGAGAAAGGAUGAGCACCAAAUACUGCCAUCCCAACCGAACGCACCAUCUCCGUCGCCGUUGGAGUCGUCGGAGCCGGAGAGCGCGCUUCUGGAUCCGCAUACGAAACGGGAGAUGCAGGCGUUGAGAAGGCAGGAAGCGAAGAGGAAGCGGGAGCAGAAGAAAGGCCGGGGACAGAACGAUCCCCAAGUGGAGGAGCACCCGGCGGUGAAGAAAGAGAGAACGGAGACGAAUGUAAAUGUGAAUGUGAAUCUGAAUCUGAGCAACGGACAAACGGAGCUGCGCUGCCCGGUUCAACAACCAGGUCAGUACCCGUACCCGCCGGUCCAGUUUGUUCCGUACAUGAACGGGUUCUCGUAUCCUUGCGUGAUGCCGUGCUGGGCCCCCAGCGGCGGCGGCGGAUUCCGGCCCUUUCAGGCGCAUAAGGAUACGGGGAAGAAGAAGAACGGGUGUGAGACGGAGCAGAAUAGUGGGUCGGGUAAAACGGCGCCGGUGAAUCGUGGGUUGGGUAAGAAACCGGCGUCAAAUGUUUCACCAAUGUGUAGUUCCUCCACCGUGUCAGAUCAUCAAAGCGCAGCUUCUCAAGACGGUAUGUUAGGUGGUGGAAGCAGCGAGAGCAAAAGCCAUUCAAGCCAGAGCAUACAAGAAAACACAGAGCCGGUUUCAAAUUCCUUGGAAUCCAAUUCGGAAGGGAAUGAACAAAAACUGAAUCCAAAAACAGAACCGAAAUCAGAAACCGCAGAAGCAUCUCCAACCCCAAAACCCAUCUCACCUAAACAAGAAUAUUCCCCUCCAAUCCCUCCACUGAAGGACGUUACCAAAACGGACCCAAUUGCCAAGCCUCCAAAACCCCAGAUCAGCAAAAAUGGCAGCAGCACCGUUUCCCUUCCCCAAAUGCCUUAUGUCUCGACGACCGGGACCGGCCCUAAUGGGAAAACGGUUCAUGGGUUCUUGUACAGAUACACGAAUUCGGAGAUUACCAUCAUAUGCGUCUGCCAUGGAACCACAUUCUCGCCGGCUGAAUUCGUGCAGCAUGCCGGAGGCACCGAUGUUUCGCAGCCGCUGAGGCACAUAACGGUGAUCCCUUCUGCUUUUGGAUGAUGAGCUGAAAGAUGAUCAAGUUAUCGACAGACCCUUUUCAUUUCUUCUAAUCUGCUAGCUAGUUCUCUCUUCUUUUUUUUUUUUAAUUGUGGUCGAUGUGAAUUGCUGGGUACGCUGAAAGCGAUGAAGAGAAACUGGGGGCUUGGGCGGUGUUGAUGGAAAAUUAACGAGACAAGCUUACUUUUUGCA